AUGCAUUUCCUGCUGUUGUUGGUGUCCCUGGUGCUGGGGAUGUGGUCCAUAUCCUCUAACACCAGCUUUCCUUGCCCCUCCCACUGCACCUGCCACCUGGAGCUCAAAUUUGCCACCUGUGCCAGCAACAACCUCACCAAUGUGCCCACCACCAUCCCUCCAAGUAUAGAACACCUGAACCUGUCCCUCAACCAUCUGGCCUUCGUCCAGCACCAGGCCUUCCGAUCUACGAGGCGUCUUCGUACACUUCUCUUAAACGACAACCAGAUUAGUGCCAUAUCUGAUGGUGCUUUCUCUCCACUGGAGGCUCUGAUCAAGCUGGACCUGAGCCGGAACCGCAUCUCCUCCUUGACCGAAGGCUUCUCACUAGGCCUGGGAUCUCUCCUGGAGCUGUCCCUGGCAGAGAACCAGUUGACCAGGAUGGACGGCUGCUGCUUUUACCACAUGGACGCCCUGCAAAAGCUCAACCUGAGCCACAAUGCCAUCCACUCCAUCAAGAUCAGGGCUUUCGGCUCCUUGAGCACCUUGCGGCGCAUCAACCUGGAUGGCAACAAGAUCUACAACCUCUCAAAUGGGGUUUUCUCCAUGCUGAGAAACUUGGAGGAGCUUAGACUCAAAGGGAACUCUAUAGACCACCUAGAGGUUGGGGUCUUUGCUCCCCUUACCAGCCUGACUGUGCUGGACCUAGCUGAAAACAAGCUGAAUGCGGUGGAUUUCAAAGCGUUCCUCAGCCUUCACACCCACAGCACCCACAUCUGGCUGGGUGGGAAUCCCUGGACGUGCGACUGCGACCUGCAGAGAGUCUUCCGUAAACUGCACAGUGUCCAGAGGCUGCUGCUGGACGACUACGCCAACCUGACCUGUGCCGAACCCGAGCAGCUUCGGGGCAAUGCCCUCAGGGAUGUGGAUUCCCAGCUGUGCAUCGCAGAAACGGUCACCGUGCUAAUCAUCACUGUUACCGUGGUGAUCACUGUGGUGGCGGCCAUCGUUAUGGCGGAGAAGAAACAAAAGAAAACAAGUAAGGGGAAGCACUGGACGGAGGUGAGCGAGAUGUCAUGCGACUCACAGAACUGA